AGUAGUGGAAGUUGUAGUAGGCGAUCAGUGUGGAGGAAAGUGUGGAAGUGUGAGGUGUGUUGUGGGUUUCUCUGUGAUCUUUACAGUCUCCCUCCUCUGCAUUUUGUCGUGGGAAUGUAUAAUGUGGAUAUUUGACUGGCGUAUUAUUGGUCGGGGUUGUGACCCCUCCAGCACGACGUCAUCAGUGGCUAUUGGCUGAGAACGAUUGACGAAUUCCCGAAGCAGCAUCGGAGAGGCCGGUGGCCAGACUUAAGCCUCCAUUAUCCACUUCCUUGAUUGGAGGUGGACUCACCUGUGCCAGUUGCUGAAGCGAUUGCAUUGCCUCUAUCCAAACGAACUCAAGAGAGGAUCCAAAAACUGCAGUGUCAUUCUGCAAGAACAUCAUUCCACUAUAGAAUCCCACGAGUAGUAGGGAGGGAGCCCUUCCCCGGGGCCCUAGGGUGAUAUUGGGGGGUCUGUCCCAGGGGGUCCCUGAUUAAGGGAAUGAGGUUCCUCGCCCCCUACCCCCCACACCCUGGUCUCCCCACCCUCCUCUUGCUCAUCCUACUUGCUGCUGACGCAGGCGUGUGGGGAGCAGAAUGUGAGUUGGAGGCCUGCACCGAGGCCUACAUGAACGACAAGCGGGGAAUCAUCGAGGGCCCGACCAUCGAGUACUGCUCCUUGGUGUACCGCUACAUCCAGUGUACCACCGAGUACCGCAGCGUCUGCAGGGGUUCCAUCCACUACCACAGCAUCCAGCAGAUGCUGAACACCUUCCAGACCCGGAAUAAUUGUUCCGAGGUUCUGUCGGGGGGCGUCGCCCCGAUGAUCCCCGACGAGAUCGAAGAGCCUGAGUCGACAGAGGGAGAGGGUUGUCGGUACCGGGGGAGCCUGGCCCCCGCCCUGUGUGGCCUCUUCGGGGACCCGCAUCUCAAGACCUUCGACGGACAGUACAUGACCUGCGGAGUGCGAGGGGCGUGGCCCUUGCUGAACACGCCCUUUCUGGCCAUCCAGGUGACGAAUGAGGCCGUUGGGCCUGAUAAUACGGCCACUGCUACGACCAAGGUAACUGUCAUCAUCAAGGGCCACGUCAAAUGUGGAUCGGAACGAACGUACGAGGCCUCGACAGACGCCCUUCCCAAGGCCUUCGUGGACGGCACGACGUGGUCCGGAGGCUCCGUUCAUCACCCAUACAUCGAAGUGCGGGAAGUGCACCCCGGCGAGUACAUCCUCAUCACCGUCUCCUAUAUCAACGCUACUGUGGCUGUCAGAAAGAUCAAGAAGUACCUGACGGUGUUAGUAACGUUGCCAAUGAGUCUCCUGGAAGAAUUUGACGAGGGAGACGAACUUCAGCUCUGCCGGAGGGGAUGUCCCGCAUACGAACGCCUAGACAAACCAGGAUCGACACCCGUCAGUGUAUCAGCCAUGACCAAAGACAAGGCUGCAAAGUUAUGUAAAGAAUUCAACGUUACUGACUACUACUUGGAUUCGUGCAUAUUUGAUCUAGUUACAACUGGCGACCCAAGCUUCAGAAUCGCAGCCCAGACAGCUCAAAAGGAUCUUUGGCACCAUGAUCCAAUUGGAGCUCAGAAGCUACUACAGAAUUGUUCUGAUCCUCCUUGCAUUUGGGAAAUCACUUCCAAGGCCCCAUCUUAUGUCCCUUCAUUGAUUAUACUUUCACUAGGACUUGUUCUAUUCUCUAUGAGUAGAAAGGCCAUGUAUUAAAUGUCAAUGGUUCCUUGGUUACAGUGAUUGGACAGUGGUGGACCAGAGCAGAAGUGGUUCACUAUGUAAAUGUAUACUGUACUUGGUAACCUUUGCAUCCAGAGUCAGUGUAGUACUUUGGUCUAGACAUUACAGACUGGGGUUUCUUUUUUGAGAUGAUGUAAAAUGAAUUACAAACAAAAGACCAUACAUUAUAGCAACUGUAUGUGAGUUUUAUCAGGGAUAGAAGUGGAAGAAAAACCGUGGAUAACAUGGAAACUUCUGCAGUACCUUAUAAUUAACAUUUAUAUGUGCAUAUUGGAGAUAAGGUAGAUUAUCAUUGUGUAUUAUAGCAGGCUUUAGUUUGUAUAAAGUGGAAAAUUAUAUUUGUCACUUUUCCUCAUUUUAACUGUUAUGUUUUGUAUUGUUCAUAUAUUAUACAUUAGAACACUGCAUAGAAUGUUAGUAUUUUGACAAGAGAAAAGUUCCAGUAUUAUAAUUUUUAAAGACACCAGAAGUAAGUUAUUGGCUGUUCACUUAACAAUGUCUGAUAGUAUUUGAUGUUUUUGCUAUCUUUGAUUUGAAUAUUUUUUACUAUUACUUUUCCAAAUUGUCACUUCAGGACAUCCAUCGUGAAUGAUCCACUCCAGCAUUUUCUUAGAACACAGUACUGUGUGCAGUAGUUAUGUAACUUGAAAACUGCAAGUGAGUUUAAGAGCUAUGUGAAAGUAACUUUAAAAAAACAUCAUAAUUUGAUUAUCCUGAUCAGUUUGAUGUUAGUGUUUUUGUAUCCCACUUCUGCAGUUACACCCUACCUUGAACACCAUACCCUAGCAGUUGUCAGCAUUAUAUGUUGCAGCCACAGUUUUGCAAGUGUCAUGUCCCUAGCUGGUCCUGGAGACAAAGAGUUUAUAUGCAUCUGGCUAUAGUACUGGAGAUGUAAGUUCCAUCAUAAAGUUCAAAGAGUUGUCAUACGGUCGCAUUGGUGGUUUUGGUACGUAAAGACAGUGAUACUGUGUUAUAAUGAAUGUAUGAUAGGGUGCCAUUGUAUGGAGAUAAAUAAGUAAAUUUUUAGAAGCUGGCAUUUUCCAAAUUUGUGGCCUGCCUGAUACCUGCUUGAUUCCAGUGUUUGAGCUUACUUAGGUAUGUAGUUCCUGUUAUAUUGUAAUGUGGGUCGGAUUAUUCAAAUCCCAAUGCCAUUAGAAUGGCAAAGAUGUUCAUUCAGUCAUACACUAAGAAGCGAUAUACAGAUAUAGGAUACAUUUUAGGUGUUCUGCUUGAUAUACAAACUAUUAAGAGCGUACAUCUCUGACAAAACUCUCCAAAUAUAUCUUUCCACAUUUAGGGUCUAAGACAAACCUCUUGAGUGUGGUGCAGUAUCUAUGUUACAUUUCUAAAGACAUUUUGCUAAGGGAGCAUCUUUUUUACCUUCUACAAGUAGCUUCCAUUAUUCUGCAGGUAGAAAGCUCAAUGUUUGUGGUAUUUGUGCAUCUCCUUUUCUUGUUGCAAAGCUUUUCAUAAUCUAUUAUGACAGUGAACUUUGUUUUCUUUUCUGCACACUUUUGAUGGUAGAUUUUCAUUUUUUUGCAAAUUAAAAUGAGUACAGUGUCAAUUUCAGUUGUUUGAAGAGGAAUGCAAUAGGACUGUCACUACCUGUAGAAGAGAAUGAACUGAAAAUGCUUAUUGCAUUGAUGAUUUGUCUCAUUUAUCACAUUGUAUAUAUGAUAUUUAUUUUUUCCUCAAAAAUUUAUGGAGAUUUGAGUGAUUCCUGUAGAAAAUUAUUAUUAUUUCUUUGAUACUGUGUAGCUGAUAUUUUUAGAGGAAAUAAAGCAUUUAAAUUAGUGCUUCUGAUCAUCAUUAUAUGUCAUAGAGCAAAAUUAGAAUUGAGAAAUGUGCCAAUUUGUAUAUCAGAUCAAGUUAUAUUUCUAUAAAAUGCAAGAAUAUUAUUAUGUAGUAAAACCUUACUUUAGGAAAUGGUAAAAUCACAGACUUUUCAAGACCAUAAUUUCUAUUAGUCCACAUCUUGAAUAUCAUCAUGUAGAAUAGCAUUCCUUGAGCAAAAACAAUUUCCCUUUUUGUAAUUGUGCCAGAGUUUACUUUGUAUUUUGCAAUCGUUAUGCUUUUUUUAGCAUAAAAGACAGGAUCAUUAUUUCUUUACCUUUAAAUAACAGUGAUUUGUAUUUUAGGCCUCACUUAUUGCAUGGCUGUUAAGAUAUGUGAAUCUUGUGCAUUGAAGACAAGCUGCUGUGUGCCAACUGUGAACAGCUGAUUGCAUUGGGCAAAACAUGUUCUCUGGAAUUGUAAUGAGCAAUGACAGAAAGAAGGUCCAACAUCAUUUGUGAUUGCAACUAGCUACAUAAUUUUGCUUAGUUAAUAUGUAUUGGUGCUUCAUUAUACAUCCAAGGUUAUCCCCUUAUAUUUUCAGAGCACAGUUUCUCAUGAUCAUCUGACCUUUCAAUGGAAGCUUUAGUUUUGAUAAUAUUUUAAGGAGUCUUGGUAGUGUAGUUACCGCUUUUUUCGGGAUUUUUAGCAGUGUAAUAGCUCCUAACAAUGAUACUUUAUGGAACACCCAGUAAUAUUAAGCUUUUUGCAUGAGUUAGUGGUGUUAGUAUUUUGCAGAUAACUCAAACCUAUCAUUUUUAUAAUGAUGAUGCAACCUUAUCUUGUAAAAGAGAAAAUUCUUUUAAAAGGAAUUAGUAAAUGAUUUAAUGGGAAAUGAAUCAAGGAAGGAUAGUAACUGUAUCUUUUAAGCAGAUGCUAGAACCUAGUGUUAGGUGUCAAAUGUACAUAGGUAUUUUGGUUUUCCUCAAAGUAACACUCAGUGUUCAUUCCUCAUUCAUUAGUCCAUUUAUAUAUAUAUAUAUAUAUAUAUAUAUAUAUAUAUAUAUAUAUAUAUAUAUAUAUAUAUAUAUAUAUAUAUAUAUAUAUAUAUAUAUAUAUAUAUAAAGAUGCUCUGGAUUGAUUUGCCAUAAAAAAUACAAUUUUUUUUAUGGCAUAAAUGAAUUUACUGUAAUAUUGCAGUCGGCCAUUAUGCAGUUAUUGAUAAUGUUAGAUCCUGCUUUCAUGAAAAAAAGGGGCACAGUACUGCAACAUACAUGAAUCUGUCACUGUAGAUGGCACGUGGAUAACAUCACUAUCAGUGAAAAUGCAAUAAGAAGCCAUAGCAUUUGUCAUGAAUUCAGUGUUGUUUAUAUUUUUUUAUAUGUUUUGCAUAGUAAUUGGACUUAAUAAGGCUUACUGUAAAUAGUUUGGUAAGUGUACAGUGUACAUAUGUUAUUUUAAUUAGUCAUCCUCUCUGCUUUGAGUGCAGUCUGUUGCUGUACAUUUUUAUGUAUUUUUGAAAAUCAUUGCACGUACAUUCACGGAUAUUCAUAAAACCAAGUGGAUAUAAACACUCAUGUUUACUGUUAUAUAUAACAGAUACAUUAUUGUGUUGCUUAAUUUAUAUACUGUAUGUGUUCAAUGUAAGAAAUGUGCCAUACAGUGUAUAUAUUUGCAUAAUUAUAUACUACCAGCAGACAUUCAUCCACAUCAUACACUCACUUUAAGGCAUAGUUAGCUCAUCAAAUUCAUGAUUAAACUUUAAUUCUCUCUCUCUCUCUCUCUCUCUCUCUUUUUUUGUAAAAAAUGCAGUACAGUAUUUAGGUUAUCAUUAGGUUUUGUUUUUCAAUUUACUUUACAUGAACCAGUACUUGUGUUGAUGUAGGAACCAGCUCAAAUCAAUUUAUAGAUGCAUAGGUGCAAGGGGAUAAUGAAAUAAAAGUUUUGAAAUACCUUACAUAUAUACAUGUAUAAUGAUAUAUUAAUGGCUUGUUAUUGCUUAAUUUACUGUAACAUGUUCAACAAUAACAAAAGCAAUUUAAUUAUAAUGAAAAACUGUCAUGAGUGUAAAAAACAUGGAAUUUUCCCUGAGUUUAGAAACAUUUCUAGAAGUGGUGAUACAUAUCCAUCCUUAAGAGGUAAAUAUGAUGCAAGGUGGAGGGACAGCAUGGGCACUACUUUGAAUGGGAAAAGAUUUUGUAUCUAGUACUGUUAAAUUUCAGUUAAAAGGAUAUGCAGCAUUUUUGGGUUAGGUAUGACCUUUGAGAUCUUGCUGUCACAUCUUUUAGAUUACCAGAAAUUGGUUGAGAUAAUAUAACCUUUUCAUCUAGCUACUCAAGAGUGUUGUGUUUAAACUUUUUCCAUCAAACUUCAUUUUAGACCAUUGUUGUACUGUUUUCAGAAAGCUUCGUUUCUGGUCUUAGGUAUAGAAUUGUUAGUUCUGUUUAUGUGAAUAGUCAGAUGCAGGUGUCAUCUUGGGGGUUUCUCUUUCCAGUCUUUAAUAGUUUAGAAUGUAUUGCUUGUAGCAUUUCAUUGAGUUUACAUACUUUUCAUGAUAAUUUAUUAUUUUCAGUUUCAUUAUAUAGCAGUAGGUUCAAAUACAUUGCUUAUUGUGUGUUGGUUCGGUGUUCUCCCCUCAUUUCUGACCCCUUAUCUGUGAUUACAAGUAUGAGGAAAGAGGCAUAUGUAAAUGUAUGUAAGGCCAAUGACAGGACGCAGUGAUAGCACAUCAUGGGUUUCUGCGGGGUAAGUUUGAAGUGCUGUGUUUGUUACGUUUCAUAUAUCAAAGCAUAUCCUGAAUAUGUUGCACAUUCCACCUCCAUCUAAGUCUUUUUUCAUUCUAGUCAGAGGAGAAAUCCAAUAUAUGCAUGUCUUCAAAUUUAACUGUACAGUGUAAUCAUCUUGCAUCCAGUGAGUAAGCAGUGCAAUUUGACCCAUUAUCUGUAUACUCCAAAUAUGAUAAAUCUAUACUAUAUUUAUAUGUAUUCACCAUUUUAAUGGAGAUCCGAUCAGUCCUGUCCUAUACAUGCUCAUCUUACUCAAAAUUGCAUUACUUGAUAUGGGUACACAGGUAGAUGACUUGAGUUUGCUCUUCAAGAUGUUUUCUGGACAGCAUUUGGCGAAGUGUUAUGUAAGUUUUAAAGGUGCUUAUUGCAGCUGCUUUACAUUGCAAGUUAUUUUUGAGUCUUAAAUUUUUAAUUAUGAGAAAGGAUAUUUUCUUUAUAUACAUUUUUGUGUGUCUGUGAUGAAUAGAAGAAAGUGUUGUGUGAACAGUUUAUUUUUCCAUAUUAACAUGUUUAAAUAAUAUUGUGCAUUUUAUUUUAUCAUUUUGUAAUAUUACAGCACUAAGGAAAUAUCAUUAGCAUUUUGAGAAAACAAUUUUGAAUAAAGUUUUUAAUUGAUCCUAUGGUGAGAUGGGUAGACUGUAGGAAACAUCUAACAGGUUUCAGAUUUUCAAGAUUUGGGUCUUCCAAAAGAUGGUCAUUCUCACAGCAAUUUCAGUGAUGAGACCAAAGGAGGUGGGCAGUCAGAUCUUCCAUAUUUAAAAAAAUGUCUUGGUCCCAUUCUCAGGUCAACCAAAGGUUAAGGUACAGAUGCUUGGUCUUAUUGUAUUAUUAAAACAAGGUACUUUUCAAUAUUCAUAUGGAUGAUUUAGUCUUAAGUAUCCAUUAGAGCAAGUGUUUUACUUUCAUUCUUGUGAUCAUGUAGAGAGUUAGAAACAAAAUUUUUUAGUAAUUUGUAUCCACAAAAAGGUUUAAAAUAAAAUUUGAUGUGUAUGUAAAACACACUUUACUGGCCUAGUACAUCACUUAGUGCAAUACUGUGUGUUUGCCAGUUAUCUGCAUCGUUUGCUGUUACAUAAAACUUUAUACCUGGUCAGAAGAACACUUUGAGAUCACUGUUAUUCCUGUGUCCUGUGAGGGGUUCCUUUUAUAUUAUAAGAUAUUUAUUUAAUGCUGGCCAUUCUACUUUUCAAAAAAUAAAUGAUCUGUUUACUGUAGUGGAUGCAUGUUUUAUGGCCUGAUUUCAUGGCUCUUGUGUGAAUGUGGAAAUAUCUAUCAUGUAAUUAUUACAUCAUCUUUGUUGUCCAGUUCAUAUUUAAUUAGAUCUCAGUUGAUUUUGUGUAACUUUUCUGUAAUGUGAAUACUGUGAAUACACAGGUUACCUCUUGUAUGUUGUUCUGUGUUACUUUAGCACACUUGGUGACCAAUUACAUGUACAGGAACAAGAGAUUAAUUAUUAAAGGUAUUCCAGAAAAAAUAAAGAUUUUUCAGAC